AGGGGGAUGUGCGCAGGGUCAAUACAUCCAUUGAUGGCACACGGCUCUGGAAUCCCCGUCACGUCACCGCCGUCUUGUGGCUUGUGAGUGCAGGCCAUCCGAAAUAAACGAAAGGACCGAUAAAUGAGACACACAUCAAAUUAAUUUACAUCAAGAUGGCGACCGAGGGCGAAUACGAGUCAAUCCUUUGCGUUAAACCCGAUGUAAACGUUUAUCGCAUACCACCGAGGGCUACAAAUCGUGGAUACAGGGCAGCAGACUGGAAGCUGGAUGUUCCUGAUUGGUCAGGUCGAAUGCGGAUCACGGCCAAAGGGAAAGUGGCCUACAUCAAACUGGAGGACAAAGUCUCGGGGGAGCUGUUCGCCCAGGCCCCUGUAACAGAGUACCCCGGCAUCGCAGUGGAAACCGUAAGCGACUCCAGUCGCUACUUUGUCCUACGAAUACAGGAUGACAAUGGCCGCAGUGCAUUCAUUGGUGUUGGAUUCGGAGACCGAGGGGACUCUUUUGACUUCAACGUAUCUCUGCAGGAUCACUUUAAGUGGGUGAAACAGGAGAAUGAGAUAAGCAAAAACCCACAGGGGGCUGCUUCGGGACCAAAGCUGGACUUGGGAUUUAAAGAAGGACAAACAAUUACCCUUAAUAUUGGGCAAGGCAAAAAGAGGGAUAAGCCACGCCCACAGGGGGUAGGUGGGUUUGGUCUUCUACCACCACCACCGAAAGGAAAGAUAGCUCCUCCUCCUUCCUCUGGCUUCUCCAAUCACAACACAGUGCCGCAAACUGGAAGCUCAGAGACCGGUUGUUUGCUAGAGCUGGACAGUAGUAACUCUAACACUAUGGUCCAAUCAUCCAAUCCCAGCACUGACCUUUGGGGGGACUUUUCCACUUCUGCAAGUUCGCUCCCACCAACAACAAGACAGGAGAAAACUCCAAAUUGGGGCCAGUUUUGAGUCCACGGCAUUGCACAUUUCAUUUGUCGUCAUCGCCGAAAGCACCGCCGCCUUCUGUCACUACAACACAAUCACAGCAAACUGUCCAAGAGACAAAGGAUGCCAUGAACUUGUAGAAAGUCUUUAUCAAAUAUGGAUGUAGGCUAUAUUCUCUUUACAAAGUUUAAAAUAAUAGUCAGAAUAUAUUAGGGAUAAUUUGGUAUAAUAGUGCAAAUUUCAUGCAAAUGAUCGAUAUUAGAUUUUUUGUUGGUUUAUGGGUGAACUAAGGGCUAUGAUGAUAGGACCUUCAAUUUCAUGUUAUCACGAGAGUAGCAACAAUAUUUCAGUUCUGCCUUUUAUCUGGCAACUGUGCGGUCUUGUUAAUGUUUAUCUAACCAUCAUGACAUGCUUGAUAUCGAGGGUAGCUCAUAGGAAAUACCAGGAUUUUAUGGAGGUUCUUUUUUUCUCUUGUCAUAGGGAACAGUAAGGAAUUCUCUAGCAAUUUCUCAAGAAUUCUCUAGCAAUGAAAGGCAUUGAUUAGAAAGUUGUUCAGUUCUUUUCUCCUCUGUCCCACUCAAAGCGGGCAAUUGUUCAUGACACCUCUAGUAUUGGAUGUUUUCCUUUCUGGGUGAAGGGGAAAUAAUGGAAUAGGGCUCAUGAGUGGUCUAAUCAGUUGUGAUUGCAUUGACCCCUCGCUUUUGGCCUUUUAGUGAGGAGAUAGUUUAGCUCUGUCCACUUUGCUGCAGAAACUAAAUGUAGCACUCUAGAGUCCAUUUGGAGGUAGGCAGUGGAGAUUUUAUGUACACUGGAGGAAAAUGUGUUAAAGAAUGAAUCUUGUUAAAGAAUGAAAAGAACACAGGCAUAUAAAACCUAUGGUAUGCACAAAUGUGCUUUUCAAUGUUUCAUGUGUACUGUAUGAGUACUUCAUAAGCCAGAUGUCUGACUUGGCCUACUCCUUCACUUAUGUCCAACACAAAAAAAACAACCAAGCUAUGAGAUAUAACGACUGUUUAACAUAGUUAUAUGAUGAAUGUGUGCCAACGGCCACUACUUUUGUGGAGCAUGUGCUGCUGAAUAUUGCUAAAUGCUAUUGGGAUUCAAUUACUAAAUCGCCCCAUCAAUAGUGUUUACCUUACCUGGAACAUGAUUUCACAGCUUUGUCAUUCCAUGAUUACAGUAACGUCCGCAGAGACAUAUGAUUUAUUGCCUGGUUUACCAUGGCUUAUCAUGACAUGUGAAAGUGGCAAUAAAAACCUUCAAAGGA